UUUUCGAUCAGAUGCUGCGCUACUAAAGCGAUAGGGUUUUUGUCGUUUUAUUGACGCAAAAUGUAAUCACAGAACACAAUGACCUCCGAAUAAGUAAUGUAGUAUGCAUCCUGAUGGAGCUGGAGACAGAAAGGUUUAGUCUUGGGUUUAGUCGAGUUCUUCCGUUAUUAAAGUUAUUAAAGUAAAGAAAUAUAUAGAGUCUAACAAUUAAAAUGCAUAAAAGCAUUUUUCCAAAUAUGUAAACCGAAUGUCCAAAAUGGAUAGCUUGGGAACCAUGACAGAUAAGGAUUGAAUAGGUGUGGACCUAUAAAUACAGGGUGCGAAAAAAAUCAGAUCUCGACGAAAUUUGGUAUUUGUACUUUUAAACGUGAAAAUAACGAAUCCAAACCUAGUUUCAUGUACUGGCCAAAGAUGUAUGUAGUUUUUUCUGCAACUACAUUAAAGCCGUCUUACACUAUGCAAUUUGUUGCGCAAGAAAUUGCACAAUUUCUUGUGCUAUAAAAUGUAGCAAAUAUUUGUGAGCUGACUGCUUUAUACUAUGCAAUUUCUUGUGCAAGAUAUAGCCGAGGAUUCUGCGCAUUUAUACUAUAAUUUAUACCAGCUGACAAUCAUACAACCCCAACCUAUAAUUACCACAAGUUUUCAAUAAUUUAUUUUGUUUGUUAUUGUAUACAAUGAAUGUGGAAAGACGAAUAUCUGUUGUCAGUGGAUUGAUCGGUAUAUGUGUAAUUCGUAAAAUUCUAAAAAGACGCGCUGCCAGAAAGAACAAAAAGAGAAAAUUGUGGCAGGAAGAAUGGUUAAAAAAAAGAGAUGUGGGUAAAGGAGUUUUAUCGCUUUUGCAAAACGAGUUACUUCAUGAAGAUCCAGAUGCAUAUAGGAAUUUCUUACGGAUGGAUAACGAUACAUUUAUGGAGCUUUUAACCCUUAUAGAUGAUAUCAUUAAAAAACAGGAUACUCAGUUACGACAAAGUAUCCCAAGUGACAAAAGAUUAGCAGUAACACUAAGGUAUUUGGCCAGUGGAAAUACGUUUAGAGACUUAAUGUAUGCAACAAGAAUACAUGAAAGUACCAUAAGUAUUAUUGUAAUGGAAGUGUGUAAAGCUAUCAUACAAAACCUAAUGAAAACAUAUAUACAGUUGCCUCGAACUACUCUGGAAUGGGAAAACGUGGCCAAAGGGUUUGAAAAACUUUGGAAUUUUCCCUUUUGUCUUGGCGCCUUAGACGGAAAGCAUGUCAAUUUUCAAGCUCCUAAAAGCAGUGGAUCCUACUACUUUAAUUAUAAAGGAUCCCACAGCAUAGUGUUACUAGCAUUGGUAGAUUCGGAAUAUAAGUUUUUAUAUGUAGAUGUUGGAGUCAAUGGAAGAAUAAGUGAUGGUGGAGUAUACAGAGAAAGUAGUCUAAAAAAAGGCAUUGAUAGAAACCUAUUAAACUUUCCAGAAGACCGUCAUUUACCAGACACUGCCUUAAGUGUGCCAUAUGUUAUUGUGGCAGAUGAUGCUUUUCCGCUAUCAAAAAGAAUAAUCAAACCAUAUCCUUUAAGGGGAUUGUCUGUGGAAAAACGAAUUUUUAAUUAUAGACUGUCCAGGGCAAGACGAACAGUAGAGAAUGCCUUCGGCAUCUUAACAAACAGAUUUAGAAUUUUGCAAAACACAAUAAAUUUAAGCCCUGAAAAAGCAGAAAUACUUACGCUAACGUGCUGCAUAUUACAUAAUUUCUUGGCUGUAAGAAACAAGAAGUAUAUUCGACCAGAAAAUGAAAUUAAUGAAACAUGUAGUUUAGAAACCAUAUCACAGCAAGGUGGUUUUAGAGCAAGUAAUGAGGCUCUGCUUACAAGAAACAAAUUUUGUGAUUAUUUUAAUACUGUCGGAAGCGUUGAGUGGCAAAAUAAGUCAAUUGGAUUAGUUUAGGUUCUAUUGUUCACAUGUGCUCUACAGUGAUGAUUAUGUAAUAACGUCAAAAUAAAACUGUAUCGGUGUAAUAAGGAUAAUUGUAAUAUAGGUACAUAACAUAAAAUAUCUUGUAAAAUAUUAACUCAAUAAUGCCUCGUGCAAAACAGUAUGAAUAUUAUAUUGCACUGUCAAUCUUU